GUGUUUGAUAUAAAUGAAGGCAAGUCUAAGUUACCAAACAAAGUCAAGUACACUAUUCGGCUGACGGGUGAUCGUUGGGACAAAUGGAAUACAGGGAAAACCUAUCCAAAAAGGCAAGGAUCAGGACCACGCAGUUACACAAUGUAUAAAGAUAUUUUUGUUCCCAUCCAAUAUGCAGUUGAUAUGGCUAUUAUACAGGAAAAGACAAACAUUUCAUCCAUAAUACCUUUGAAUUUGGAGCAAUUCCCUUACCCUGAUUAUACCACUAUUUCUCGACCGUUUAUUCCUGAAGUUGGAGGCCUGUUGCCCUUCCUGUUGACCUUGACAUUUAUCUACACAGCUAUGUCAAUAAUUAAGGAAAUUGUCUUCGAGAAGCAAAACCGCUUGAAGGAGUCCAUGAAAAUGAUGGGACUGGCGAACUGGAUCCACUGGGCGGCCUGGUACAUCAAGUGUUUAUUGUUCUUAAUGAUCAGUCUUGUUCUUAUCACUGCGAUGUUAAAGGGCUUCAAGAUAUUUGAAAACUCCAAUGGCUUUUUGUUAUUCUUGUUUUUCUUGUUUUAUGCGAUGUCGGCGAUUUCCUACUGCUUCUUCAUYAGUGUGUUUUUCUCGAAUCCAACACUAAGCAUGUUGUUUGGUUCGGUGUUGUGGMUUGCAKCAUCCCUGCCUUUCCUAAUCGUAAGACUACAAGAAAGAUUCCACCUGCUGGAUAGGAGUGUGGUGGCAGGCAUGUGCCUGCUUCCCAACAGCGCUCUUGGCAUUGGUGCUCGAAUAUUUUCACGUUUGGAAGGAAUGAAGAUUGGCGUGUCCUUUGACAACAUCGAUAAACCGUUACUACAAUCCCCAGAGGACACAUUUACCUUGGCAAGAGUGAUGUGUAUGAUGCUGGUAUCUAGCGUUGUGUUUAUGAUACUCACUUGGUAUAUCGWGGGCGUUUUUCCUGGAAAGUAUGGAAUUUCAAAACCAUUCUACUUUCCAUUCUUAAAGUCCUACUGGUGUGGGCAAUCUAAUGAUGACCUARUAGAAGCCAACUCUGAAGAGGUAAAUCAUACUCUGACAUAUAUGAAUGAUUACCAAUACGCAGAUACGUAUAAURUUUCAAUUCAAGAUGAUCCCGCUGACAUGGAAGUAGGUGUUUGCAUCAAGAAUUUGAGGAAAGUCUAUAAGAGUUCCACUGGSACCAAGGUAGCAGUUGAUGGACUCUCUCUGAAGAUCUUCAAAGGCCAAAUCACAACACUCUUGGGCCAUAAUGGAGCCGGRAAAACAACCACUAUUUCCAUACUCACUGGACUCUUUUCGCCAACUUCUGGUUCUGCUAUGAUAGGAAAUAAAAGCAUUUUAACAGACAUCGAUGCUAUACGAGAGAGCCUGGGACUUUGCCCUCAGCAUAAUGUGUUGUUUGACCGAUUGACAGUGAAAGAGCACUUGGAAUUUUUCGUCAAUCUAAAAGGUAAAUAUGGUCAGGCUGCCAAGGACGAAGUUAUGGCCAUGAUUACAGAUAUGCAGCUUCUUGAUAAAACAAACAAAAACUCUUCAACGUUGUCUGGAGGAAUGAAGAGAAAACUCAGCUGUGCCAUUGCCCUUAUAGGUGGAUCCGAAACGGUAUUCCUGGAUGAACCCACAUCAGGAAUGGACCCYUAUGCACGAAGAGCUACCUGGGAUUUAUUGUUGAAAUACAAGGSAGACAAAACUAUUAUCCUGACCACACAUUUYAUGGACGAAGCUGAUUUCCUGGGAGAUCGCAUUGCUAUCAUGGCUGAUGGUCAAUUGCGGUGCUGUGGAUCCUCUCUCUUCUUAAAGAGCAGAUAUGGCGUUGGCUACCAUCUUACUUUGGUCAAAAAGGAAGACUUCGAUAAAAACAUCACGAUGAGUGCCAUCAAGAGAGUCAUUCCAUCAGUUGAAAUCCUUAGCAAUGUUGGUGCUGAAUUGGAGUUGAUUCUAGAUAGAGAAUCAGCCACGCAUUUUGGCUCAUUAUUUCACGAACUAGAAACCAAUAAAGAAAAAUAUGGGAUUGCCAGCUUUGGAGUGUCAGUCACCACUAUGGAAGAAGUCUUCAUGAAAGUGGGAGAAGGAUCCGAGAGGACCGUCGAAAACAUUGCUCGUGAUCAACAACGCCGCAGGGAUACAGAGAGUCUUAUUGAGAUGCCAAAUGAUGAAGAGCCUGAAAUGGGAGAAUUAUUGAAGGGYCUUCCAUUAAAAUGGCAACAGUAUAAAGCGAUGUUUAUCAAAAGAUUUCUCAACUCUAAGCGAGAAAAGAAAGCAGUUGUUACCCAAAUAAUACUACCUCUAGCCAUGGUUUUAUUAGGAUUAAUGAUAAUGAACGCUAAACCUGAAUGGGGCAGCGAGCCAGCACGCGUACUUAAACUGUCAAACCUGGGCACCGGUGGAAGUAAUGUAGUUGCCUUCUAUGCAGACUUCAGGCAAACCAAAACAGACAUCAAGGUUGCUAAGGAUUUUCUUAAAACUAGUAAAGUGGAUAUGAAAGACGUCUCUGGGGACGUGGAAGCUAUACAUUUGGGGAACAUGGGUAACAGUAUCAAGGUCAAAGGGAAGAGUUACAACUACACAGUACCAAUCAAUAAUAAGACUAGUACAGCCUGCUGUGACUAUCAGUUUUUCAUUUUGAAUAAAAAAUGCAAAAGUGAUUUCAUAAAUGAAUCACUUCUUCACUACGCGUGCUAUAAGAAAAGGAAAAACAAAAAUCGGGAUACAUGGUGUCCAUAUUAUAUGAGAAAAGCUGAUCUCGAUGACAUGAAUGUGUACUUCAGUGAAUAUGUCCUAGAGAAAAGCAACACCAAGGAUUUCUUUAAAAAACACGUGGCUGGGUUUACAUUUGGCCCUCCUCCUACGAUCAAGAAUGUCACCACCUCUAAUAACGUAACCAAUACAACCAAAUCUGUGGUGGUCAUGCCUGACACUAUGUCUACAGUCUGGUAUAGUAACAAGGCCUAUCAUACAAUCGCUGAAGCACUGAAUGCCAUGUCCAAUAUAUUGCUACGUCAACAUUCUAGAGUUGACGACCUUAUCGAAACUAUUAAUCACCCGCUUCCAGACAAAACCGAGGAUAGGAUAGAAGAAGAUGAGGGAAGCGCUAUGGUCAGAGUGAUAUUGCUGUCAUUCCUCCUUGCAAUGGGUUUAGCUUUUAUGGCGGCAAGUUUCAUUACAUUUCUAGUUAAAGAGCGCUCUUCCAAGGCAMAACACUUGCAGUUCGUAAGUGGUGUCGAUGCAGUCUGCUACUGGUUGGCGACCUACACUUGGGAUUACAUCAACUAUAUGAUUCCAGCCAUUUUUGUUCUGAUACUCAUCGCUGCUUUCCAACUCGAUGAGUUCAAAGAUGAUCUCGGAACAGUACUCCUGCUUUUGCUUUUAUUUGGAUUCUGCGCCCUACCGUUUGUCUACUGCCUGUCGUUUGUAUUCACAUCUCCCCUCAUCGCAUAUGCGUUAACAGUAUUCAUCCUGUCCAUCUUAAGCUUAGUAAUGUUGAAUGUCGUGUUUGUAACACGAUGGAGUAAUUCAGAGGAUGCCGACAUCUUGCACCAUGUCUUCAUGCUGUUCCCUACUUAUACAUUAUCUAUUAGUUUCAAUGACAUGGCCACCAACUACAGACAUAGAAAGACCUGCACGGAAAACGUCAAAGCUACUGAAGCCUGCAAGUUUCAAAAARUCUUGUUCACGACCAARCCAUUAGAUUGGGACAUGCCUGGCGUUGGACAAGAAGCUCUCUUCAUGUUUGUUGAAGGCCUCGUACUUUUUACUUUGACAAUUCUAAUUCAGGUCAGAUUUCUUGUUGGAACGGCUUCCAAAUUAAAGAACGAGGUCAACGCGGAUAUAAACCGUAAUGAGGAUGAGGAUGUCCGCACAGAAAGAGAGCGCGUCCUYGGGCUGGACAAAGAAAACAUUGACAAAGAAUCAGUUGUUAUCAAAAAUCUCACCAAGGUAUAUCGUGGAUCAGACAGAAUUGCUGUUGAUCAUCUUUCCAUAGGAAUACCACGAGGAGAAUGCUUUGGACUUCUUGGUGUAAAUGGUGCUGGAAAGACAACGACUUUUAGUAUGCUGACUGGUGAUCAGAGCAUCACUGAAGGCUCAGCCUACCUUGAUGGCUAUAACUUACAAACUCAGCUCAGACAAGUGCAACAACGCAUCGGAUAUUGUCCCCAGUUUGAUGCAUUGAUUGAAAGAAUGACUGGUCGUGAAAUGCUCAAAAUGUACGCCCAAUUGCGUGGUGUACAUCCUUCAAAGAUCGAUGACAUUGUCUCUUCCACAAUAAACAAGUUGCAACUCGGGGAAUGGGCUGACAAGCUAAGUGGAAACUACAGUGGUGGCAAUAAACGCAAACUUAGCACUGCGAUUGCACUGGUUGGAGAUCCUCCUAUCGUUUUCUUGGAUGAGCCUACUAGUGGAAUGGAUCCUGUUUCAAGACGAUUUUUAUGGAAUGCAUUAUACAACGUUAUGAAGGGAGGUCGAUCUAUCGUCUUGACAUCACACAGCAUGGAGGAGUGUGAAGCUUUGUGUACCCGUCUUGCMAUCAUGGUCAAUGGUCAAUUCAAGUGUGUUGGUAGUCCRCAGCAUCUUAAGAACAGGUUUGGCACUGGUUAUACUCUUACAAUCAAAGUGAAAGGAAGCAGCCACGCUAUCGUCCCAGAAGCCUCUGAGAACAAUCCACCUGCUCCGCAGCAACAGAAUACGACACCAGUUGCUUUUGUCCCUGUUCUAUCAGAUGGACUGGUUGCUGACGCUGUUGCUGUUUCUAAGGCAAAGUCGUUCAUAGAGGAGACAUUCCAAGGUGCUGUUCUUAUGGAAACCCAUAGUGGAAUGUUGACUUAUCACAUUAUCAACGAGGACUUGACUUGGUCGCAGAUAUUUGGUAAUCUGGAAAGAAACCGUGAAAUGUUGGGUAUUGUCGACUACAGUGUUAGUCAAACCACUCUCGACCAGGUGUUUAUUAAUUUCGCUAAAAAGCAGCAUUCUGAAGAAAGAAGAAAAGUGAAACGAAAGUGUGGAUGUCUACCUUGUUGCUGAAAACAAAGUAAUAAAUCACCCAGUGCCAGAGCAACGGCAUUUCUUGGGAGGUUGC